ACCCCACCACUGGUAACUGGGCGUUGCACGAAAAUAGACGCUGGUGUGGUGGUGGACAGGAAUAUCUGCUGUGCCACAUCGGCGAGGAUUUGCGCCACAGCGGGAAUGACGGUGAACCACGAAGGUUGGCGCUCUGGGCGAAACAUUCCCGGAGGUCCACUUGAGAGGAGGCACGCCUAGUCAGCUUUGAAGCGCCUCAGCCACCACCCUGACGACUACUGCAGACCAACUUCGUUCUCUCUCUACACUGCCCUGAGGAGCCUGCGGCUGAUGGAAACGGCGCCGCUCGAAUAUUCCCUACGUCCAUCUUGUUCAUCCUUCCUUAUUCCUCCUGCCCCCUUUUGUUGCGCGUCUCUCCGCGAGAGUUCGCAUGUUUCACACUCCCUAAGACACAGCCAACAUUCACCGCUUCCGACUACUUCUCUUCCUUUUGCGCACAUACGGCUACCAUAACUGGUGCGCCGCCAGCUAAAGUAAUUCACCAUGGAUUGGUCGUCGAACAAGCUGCCGGACCGGCUCCCAGAACGGCUUCCCUUCUCCAAAAAGCGACUCCCUAAGCGGGUCAUUUUCUCGUACAUACUCGACUAUGUCAUUAUAGUAGCCCUCAUAGUAGCCUUCUACAUCGUCGAUAAGAUCGAACCGUUCCACCAACCAUUCUCCAUGGAAAACUACUCGUUACACUAUCCCUUCGCCGUCAAGGAACGAAUACCGGUGUUCGAGCUCUGUCUCAUCGUCGUUGCUGCGCCGGCCGCCAUCAUUGCGAUAUACACCCUGGUCAUUGAUGGCCUCUUCUCCCACCAGACGCCCAUGCCGGCCGAGAAUAGGGGGUUGCGCCGGCUGUCGGGCAGAUAUAGACUGAAGGACAGGCUCUGGGAGCUUAAUUGCGGUAUCCUGGGCCUGGGCCUCAGCGUGAUGCUCGCGUUUACAAUCACGGGAGCUCUGAAGAAUGCUAUCGGGAAGCCACGGCCUGAUCUGAUUGACCGGUGCAAAGUCAGGGAAGAUUGGGAAAACACUAAAAUUGCAGGAGAUCCGAGGUGGCCACUACGCACGAUCGAGAUUUGCACGCAGGAAGACGAUAAGAUUCUUCAGGACGGGUUCAAGAGUUUCCCCUCGGGCCACAGCAGCACUGCCUUUGCCGGCCUCUUCUACCUCUCCCUCUAUCUAGCAGCGAAACUACAUAUCCUGGACUCCAAAGGCGAAGUGUGGAAGGCAUUCGUCGUCCUAUGUCCCACUCUUGGUGCUGCGCUCGUGGCUGGCUCACGCAUCAUGGAUGCGCGACAUCACCCUUUUGACGUAAUAUCAGGUAGCCUUGUGGGAAUUCUUGUCGCUUGGCUCUCCUAUCGUCAAUACUUCCCUCCCAUAUCCGAGACGUGGCGGAAAGGACGUGCAUACCCCAUUAGGAGCUGGGGCCGCCAACCGCAGCCACCGCAGUAUCCAAGGAUUCAGAUCGAUGAGGAUACCGAGCCCUUGCAACCCAUUCGCCAGCCAUCCGACGUCGAGGCUCAAGCUGCCUCUUCCGGAUUCUCACAGACGGCACUCGGAGGAGCCGCAGGCGCAGGUACUAAUGUCUUCCGCCAGCAGAUCGCUCAGUCGAAUCGACGAAGACAGGAGGAGGCUCGGGAUUAUGGCCUACAACACAGUGACACCAUGGAUUCCACUCUGUCUUCGAAAGUUGCAGGAUAUCAGAACCAAAUGCCCACACAAAACCCGUACCUAGGAGCCCCGAGACGCCACGAUACAUACGACUACUCGUCUUCCGACGAGGACGAUUCAUACGAGCUUCAGCAGACGUAUACUUUGUCCGAUGCACAACGCGAUCCAGUAUACAAUCCCGUCACGGGCACUUUGACAGACACGGGAUAUCAUCGUUCCGCGGGGGUGAGUCCAACUCCUACCCCUCCACCGGCGGCGAGUGUUGGCGGACCUCGUCCUUUCCCUACUACGGGCGAUAUCGCGGAGUUGAGGACUCAACAGUCGCCGAUGGCGCCGCAGCAUGCGCCGGGAACUGCAUCAUAGAAGCUCACACGAUGUGGCGAAUGGACGCGCGUCGCGAAAGGGGUGUGUGUUAAUCUAGGUUGAAGCGAAAGUUUUCACCGUUUUGGAAGGUUUCGGGGCCGGAUCAAGGCCGGCAGUUCUUCAUGGCAAUACCAUUCUCUCAAGCGGGCAUUUGGAGGUUACGGCUCAAAGUUGUGAUAAGGUUCAGAGCGAUAUCACGACAGGUUUGCUAGUUGGCGUAUCAUAUCUAUGGCGUUUUUGGUGCGUUGAUAAAUAUAUCUAUUAAGAAUUAACAACACGGUCGGUCUCCGUAUACGGAACCGGUUGAUCUGAUC